AUGAAGCCAGGUGCCUCUCGGUGCUUCCCUUUUUACAGGUGUAGUGGUGGAGGCAGGGAAGUGGAUCCCCCCUCUGCCUCACCCAAACCAACAAGCAAUACAACAGUGGAAAACCAGACUAGCACCUCUGACUUCUUUCUUCUGGCCUUUUCCAGUCACCAAGAGAUUCUGUUACCCCUAUUCCUGGCUCUGUACCUGGCAGCUCUCCUGGGAAACUUGCUGAUUCUUGUUGCCAUUGGAGCAGACUCACAUCUUCACACACCUAUGUACUUGCUUCUGGUGAACCUGUCCCUGGCAGACUUAUUCUUUACAUCUACCACAAUGCCCCGACUUCUCCAUGCCCUGCUGACAGGGGACAGGACUAUCACCCAUUCAGGAUGUCUUGCCCAAGUCUUCUUAUUCCUGUUGGCAGGCAAUGUGGAUAGCUAUGUGUUAGCUGCCAUGGCAUGGGAUCGAUAUGUGGCUAUAUGCCGACCUCUUCACUAUGCUACUAUAGUAACCCUACCACGAUGUAGCAUGCUCCUGGGGGCUGUGUGGGUGGGCACAGCCCUGCACUCUCUGCUUCACACAUCCCUCAUUGCUCGAUUGUCCUUCUGUAGCAACCAUGCCCUUCCACACUUCUAUUGUGAUGUCUAUCCCUUGCUGCAUCUUGCCUGUUCUGAUACAUCCCUCAACUUCCUAGUUGCCCUAAUUGAAGGAGGAUCCACCAUCCUAUUACCUGCUGCCUGCAUUGUCACUUCCUAUGCCUUCAUUGGCUCUGCUGUGUAUAAAGUCCGAACAACUGGGGGUGUGCGCAAAGCACUUGCCACAUGUGGGUCCCAUCUAUGUGUGGUGGGGCUAUUCUAUGGGACUCUAGUGGGUGUUUAUUUGCAGCCCCCAAGCCAGAUGGACACCCAGGGGAGAGAUGAAGACCUGGUGGCCACAGUCAUGUUCUCUGUGGUGGCUCCAACACUAAACCCUUACAUUUAUAGCCUGCAGAAUCGAGAAAUCAAAGCAUCAUUGUUAAAGACUUAUUCUUUACAUCUACCACAAUGCCCGACUUCUCCAUGCCCUGCUGACAGGGACAGGACUAUCACACCAUAUUCAUUGCUUUUCACCCAAGUCUUCUUCUUCCACAUGUCAGGGAAUGUGGAUAGCUAUGUGUUAGCUGCCAUGGCGUGGGAUCGAUACGUGGCUAUAUGCCGACCACUUCACUAUACUAACUAUAGCAACAUUGCCACGAUGUCACAUGUUCCUGGGGGCUGUGUGGGUGGGUACAGCCCUGUACUCUCUGUUUAA